CAUCCCGUAAGACCACCAUCCACUCUCACCACCAUGUCCGAGGAAGCCCUGCUGAUCGCGCCCGAGGUCGACGAGAACCUCUCGCCGGAGGAACGCCUCAAGGUGGACCGCGUGUUCGAGCGGGACAUCACGCGGCUCCAGCGGCAGUACCUGAACCUCGCCAGCACCGCUCCCGCCUCCAAGGAUGUGCAGAUUAUGCGCUGUCUGGAAAAGAAGCUCAAGUAUCUGGAGCGCGAGAAGAGGGAGCUUGGGGUGCGGGUGCAGGUCGCGUACGCUCCGUGUCACGUGAGGCGGUACGAGGGCCAGAUUGGGGAGGUGGAGCGGAAUGUUAGGAUGCAGGAGGAGUUGGAGCUGCGGAUCGGGGGGAUACGGACGGAGAUUCGACAUUUGGAGUCGCAGAUGAAAAGGUUGGAGAGGGAGCGGAAGGAGCUGCAGAAGGUGUCGCAGUCGGAUUACUUUUACUACAAUCGGGUGGCGAAGGCGAAGAAGCGGUUGGCGACGUUGGAGAAUCGGCUGUAUCACGCGAAGAAGCGGGAAGCGGUGAAUGUUGCGCGGAAUCGGAAGCUGAGGAAGGUCAUUAAGGACAUGCUGGUGGAUAGGAAGCAGUUUCAUCAGCACUGGCGACGGAUGAUCGAUCAGUUGGGGUACGAUAAGAAGUUCUUGAUCGAUAUGAUCGAGCGGACGAUCUUGGCGUUCAACCAGGGCGAGGAACUGUGUCACAAAAUUGACGCGUUGAAGAGUCAUCGUGCGAGGGAGGAGAAGGCUCAGCGGCAGGAGAUGCUGGAGCUGCAGCGGAGGAUCAAUACGGAUCGGAAGAAUCACGAGUUUUUGCGUGUGAAAGGGUUCCACCGGGAGAUGUACGAUCUGGAUGUGAGAGAGGUUCGGCGGAGGAACCUGAUGAAGGCGGAAUACACGAGGAAGCUCGAACUGUACCAGAGGAUCAUCGAGAAGACAAAGUCGUUUUGCAAGGUUGAAGAGGUGUCGCAGCUGAUUGAGAAGUACCAAAAGCAGGAGGACACGUUCUUUGCCCAUUUCAACUACUUGAACGAGCUGAACUUCCAGUAUGAACAGCUGAACUGUACGCUGGUGGAGCUGUACAAGAACGUGGAUGACUUGAAGGAGCGCAAACUUAGAAAAGAAGCUCAAGACGAGAAGUCAUUUAAAGAGUUGCACGAAACCUUGCUAGAGGAGUCGACUAAAUCGAAGCAGUUGGAAAAUUCCCUCAAAGACGGUGAACUCCUCGUGGUCUCUCAGCUGGAACAAAUCGACGAGAUACUUAACAUCGUGGGUUACGAUCGUACCGAGUUGAUGCGACUGCUGGGUGAACACCGCAAAAUCACCAAACAGAACGUGAUGCGCUUCCUGGCUGCCCUUGAGGUCCGCUUGAACGAAGUCCUCGCGAUUGUCUACACCAGCCCGGCCACACUGGACAACUCCACCCUGAAGAAACCGAUCGCCCGGGCCCCGGAGGAGGAGAUUCGCAUCGAGGAGAUCGUCACGACGCAGCAGUGUGCCGAAUGCGCCGAGGGGCAGGACGUCAACCGGUACGACGAAGCGAUCGUACUGCCGAACGAUCCGGGCCUGAUCAAGGAGGGCGUCGUGGUGAAGGUUCGCGCUCCGGAGAUGCAGUACCGCUUGCACAACCUGAGCAAGUGCAAACUGCCGCGGUCGCGGAUGUUGGUCAACAAGCGGUACCAGUAGA